GUGACAUUUAGUGCUGUACAUUGCGCGCAAUGUUACGGUGCUGCGUCAUCCAAUAUCACUCAGCAAUGAGGAUUACAAUCGAUUCGUACUCCACGGCAUCUUCAUGAGUCAGCCAUAAAAGCCUGUGCUUCACUUGGUUCCAAGCACCCCUUUUACUCUUAUCAUCACCAUGACUGCACCGAACGACCAAUAUAAGCGUGUUAUUCUCGUCACUGGUUCAAACACUGGAAUCGGCUACGACAUCGUCAGAUUGCUCGCGGAGAAAGGACAUACCGUCUAUCUGGCGUCGAGGAAGGAGAGUGCAGGAAAGGAGGCACAGGCGAAGCUGAAAAAGGACUACAACCUCGAUGUCAAGUUUGUUCAGCUCGACAUCACGGAUGAAGCUUCAGUUAAGGCUGCCAAAGAGACCAUCGAAAAGGCGGAGGGAAGACUAGAUACGCUAGUCAACAACGCUGGUAUACUGUGUGUGAGCUACAUGUCAGAGUCCCAGCUAGCGAGCACAGUGUCAUUGACCACGAUUCGUAAUGCCUUUGAACCCAACUUCUAUGGUCUGAUACAGACAACGCAGGCAUUUUUGCCUCUUCUGCGUGCAGCUCCCAAAGGCUAUGCAUGCGUCGUCAACAACACAACUGAUAUGGCAUCUAAUGCUCACCAAGCUGCCCCGGGAUCCCGCUAUUACGUCGCAUAUGACACUAGCAAAGCCGCAGCAAACUCUUACUCGAUUGCUUUGGCGAAAGAGUUGGAAAAAGAGGACAUCAAAGUGAACGUAGUCACACCCGGGUUUACGACAACCAAGUUGAAUAAUUUCUUGCCGGGUGGAAAAACGACGGAAGACGGUGCCUCUGUACUUGUUCCUUGGGCAUUGCUAGGGCCCGAAGAUAAGGGAAAGACUUGCUUGUUUUGGAGUUACAAGGGGGAAUUCCCAUGGUAGCUCUCGAAUGUUGAAGAUUGGUAGCAGCUAAUUUUCGGCGCGAACCUACGUGAUGUGUAAACAAUUCAGUAUAUAAUGUACCUCUGUUGCCGAGAAGGUUGCCAUCUGAG